GGAGACGGAGAGCGGGCCAGCAAGGGGAUUCCGGGCUGGGGUCGCCCCGGGAAUUGGGAAGCGUUGAUUGUGCGUGGCCUGGGGCUCGGCAGCCGGGUCGGCUUGUCCUGCCAAGGGUUCCCAGGGCAGGGAUUGGGGUGGGGACCCGUGCACAGCUGCCUUUUCCUUUUUCGUUUUUAAUGAGGGAGGGGAUAAGGCAAGGAGGAGGACGGACAAAAUAAUGACCAAACAUUAAUUACUGAUGAGAAGAACGGAGGAACCGUUUCAUAUUGUUGUUCCAUGAGGUUAACUUCAUUUCUGAACGCACAAUUUUGAAACUGGCUAGUGGCUUGGUAGAAUUUAAUUGACUUCAGUGGUGAGCGUUUGACCCACCUAGGUUCAUUUUAUUGAAGAGCGCUGUUUAGUCACUUUGGCGAUGGAGGUUUUGAAGACUUGUGUGCUUAGAAGAAAUGCCUGUACCGCGGCUUGCUUCUGGAGAAGCACGGUUAUACGGAAGCUUCCUGUCAGGAGGAUUAGUACUACCUGUCCAAGGAGCACUGUCAUGCCUGCGUGGGUGAUAGAUAAGUACGGGAAGAAUGAAGUUCUGCGGUUCAACAAGAACAUGAUGUUACCUAUCAUACAUUAUCCAAAUGAAGUUAUUAUAAAAGUCCAUGCCGCAAGCAUAAACCCUAUAGAUGUUAACAUGAGAAGUGGUUAUGGAGCCACAGCUUUAAACAUGAAGCGUGAUCCUUUACGUAUAAAAACCAGAGGGGAAGAAUUUCCUCUGACUCUGGGUCGGGACGUCGCUGGUGUGGUGAUGGAGUGUGGGCUUGAUGUGAAGUAUUUCAAGCCUGGAGAUGAGGUCUGGGCUGCAGUUCCUCCUUGGAAGCAAGGCACUCUCUCAGAAUUUGUUGUAGUCAGUGGGAAUGAGGUUUCUCUCAAGCCCAAAUCACUCACUCAUACUCAAGCUGCCUCUUUGCCAUAUGUGGCUCUCACAGCCUGGUCUGCCAUAAACAAGGUUGGUGGCCUGAAUGAAAAGAACUGCACAGGAAAACGGGUCUUAAUCUUGGGCGCUUCCGGUGGUGUUGGUACUUUUGCAAUACAGGUAAUGAAAGCAUGGGAUGCUCACGUGACAGCAGUUUGCUCUAGAGAUGCCAGUGAGCUGGUCAGGAAGCUUGGGGCAGAUGAUGUAAUUGAUUACACAUCUGGAAGUGUAGAAGAGCAGCUAAAAUCCUUAAAACCGUUUGAUUUUAUCCUUGAUAAUGUUGGUGGAUCCACUGAAACAUGGGCUCUAAAUUUUCUCAAGAAAUGGUCAGGAGCCACUUAUGUGACGUUGGUGACGCCUUUCCUCCUGAACAUGGACCGCCUGGGCAUAGCAGACGGCAUGCUGCAGACCGGAGUCACUGUGGGCACCAAAGCGUUGAAGCAUUUCUGGCAAGGAGUCCAUUACCGCUGGGCCUUUUUCAUGGCCAGUGGUCCGCAUCUAGAUGAAAUUGCAGAACUAGUAAACGCGGGAAAGAUUCAGCCAGUUAUUGAACAAACCUUUCCUUUUUCUAAAGUUCCAGAAGCCUUCCUGAAGGUGGAGAGAGGACACGCACGAGGAAAGACUGUAAUAAAUGUCAUUUAAAUAAAUGCUCUGCACAGUUA